CUAAAAAGCUCGAAUCCACCGUCCAGUCGAGCAACUAAUGCAUCCAUCCAUCAACGACGACCGUCGUCUUCCCCCCCCCACCCCAGACGACCGAACGCUCAGACUUCCGUGCCUCGCCGUCAAUCAGGGAACGCCCGCCCAGAAUUCCAACCCUCAGAACCCUGUCGGCGCCGCGAACACCACCACCACCACCACCACCAGCAGCGGCAGCAGCUAGCUAACUAACCAGCCCAGCCAGCUAGCGACCGAUUGUGCUUUGCUUGUACGCACACGCACAAUACCCAGCGACGCACACUUGCGCACACAGUGCCCUUGUUGUUGCUUACCUGCUUAAUUACUCAUGCACCUACUGCCGUCUGUCUGUACUGUAUGUACUGUACUGUGCUGUGCUGUGCUCUCUAUGCCAUCCCUCCCACACACACACACACACCACACGUCGCAUCCCUAGAUCGGCUCCGCCUUCUCCAGGUCCUCAGCUCUGGUAGUAGUCCACUGUUUGCGCGCCGUCGUCCGUCCAUGACCCCUGCUUGCUGCUUCCUCUCGCUCUCUGCAUCUGCCCGUCCUUGGUGAUGGAUUCAUGAAUGAAUGAAUGAAUGAUGGUUGGCGACUGCUAUUGCGUGCUAUCAUGCCAUCAUGGUGCCCUGCCCAAAAGUCUAUUGUAUCAUGUGUACAUGUACCUGACUAUCAACUCACGCUCCUCGCCCCGAGGACGUAUGUCUGUCCUAAUACAUGCUGGCGUGCACAUCUCGCCCUGGGCUCUGCUAACCACGACUGCCACCAGUCGCCGUAAUCGACACCAUGGAGCCCUUGCUCGCGCGCAUACCUACCUACCUACAUACAUACGUACGUACGUACAUACGUUGAUAGACACAUUGUUAUUCAUGGAUAGAUAGAUGGAUGGAUCAUGGACCGAGUCUAUUGUGCGGAUCCGGACCAGUCUCCGCCCAUAAAUGCUGCCCACAAUCCACCACCUGCUAUUUACUGGGCCUAUGUACCUAACUAUCUACUUUGCUGCACUGUACUUGCUGGACUAGCUAGGCCUUUUUUUCCCCAGUCAAUCCCCCCGUUCGUCGUCACCCCAUUCCAUCCCCCGUCUGCAAGUAGUCUACCUAUGUACCUAGCAUCCAUUCUCCACGUAACGUCUGCUGCACAGCGAUAAAACUCUGCCCCAGCGUCAACCCGCCCGCCCACGCGCAAAUAGCCCCUUGAUGCCGCAUCCUAGACGCCUCCAAUGCUACUGCGCUGCCCUGUAUGGAGAUACAACCGCCGUUGUUAUUAAUAAGUAUCAGAAAGAAAGAAAAAACUCAACCCGUUGUCUCCUUUCCCACCACUAGCCUCGUCAUCGGUGGCGAAAUCCAACUCCAUCCAUCACAAACCAAGAAUAGCCAUCCCACAUCACUAAAAAUUUUGCCUGCCUGCCUGCCUGCCCGUCUGCUAGCUGCUGUGUGGGUGUGUGCAUCUCCUCCUGCUGCUGCUCACCACUGGCGCCCAGCUACGCUCCAACUCUCGGAACGACUCUGGUUCUAA